AUGCUCAAGAACGAAGAGUUGACCGCAGAGGUGGCCGAGACCAAGGCGGCGCUGGCGGCGGCCCGGACUUUGGCGAACGCCGUGGUCGACGAUGAUAACGAUGGCCAGGCUGCUCAGGUGGAAGAGACCGGGGUCUGGGCUCGGCUCGCUGGCUUUGUCCGCCUGUUCGAGGAGACGGAAGGUAGUGUGAUGGCGGCAGCGGUGGCCCAGAUGGUUGAAGUGCCGCCGCAGCGCUUCCGCAUUCGCAUCUUUAAGCGUGCGGUGGAGCGGAUGACAGAUGCGGUGCAGCCGGUCAUGGCUGUUGGCGAACUUGUGCGAGACAUCCAUCUCUGGACGCGACCGCCGCUGACCAUCCUCGUCAUCCUGGUCUACGCAUGGGCCGCGUGGCAUGGCUGCUUCCUGAGUGUGAUGUUUGCCCUUGCUGCCGCUGCCAUGGGCCGUCACUGGCUGGCGCAGCAGCUCGGGUGGCGAGCAACAGCAGAUGGCGCAGGAGGCGAGAAGCCCGACAGUGUCGGUGACGACGACGAAAGCUCGGAUGGUGCGCUGGCUGGACUGAAGGAUCGUUACAACACGCUCGUCGACGUGGCGUCCAAGCUUCAGGCUGGGCUCGAGACUGCUGCCGACGUGCUGGAAAAGCUGACCAAUCUGGUCACUUUCCGUGCGCCGACGUACUCGGCGCGUGUCUUUGGAGUCCUGACCGCGUGUGCCUGUCUCGCCGCCAUCCUUCCAACCGAUACGAUGCACCUGAUCCUCGCAUUUAGUGUGGGCGUGCACUUUUUCAUCUACGCGCCGAUCUGCGCCAAGUUCCCGGCCUUUCGUGCUCGCUACGACGACCCGCCGAUUCUGGAGCGGCUGCCGACCAACGUCGACCUGCAAGUUAUGGCGGCGCUCGAAGCGGCUGACUCGACGGCAAGCAGUGAGGACGGGCCGGCAUUCGAAGCGCCGCAGGAUGACAGCCGGCCGCUGCCAACUGCGAGUAGCGAGAUAGGCACAAGUGAGCUCGCCGCGCUGCGGACCGGCUUUGCGCUGCCACCGAGCGAGCAGCUUGUGCUGAAGCAAGUUGCAGCGCGGCUGCAUGUGAGCAAGCCGUGGCAGGGCGGGCGCGGGACGCUGUACGUCUUUGAGUCGUUUGUGGCGUUUGAACAAAGCUCGUCAAACUUGCUGGGCAUCGGCAAGCGGCGUGGAGCCGAUCGGUUUGUGGCUGCCUUUCCGCUCGAGAGCCUUCUGGCAGUGGAGGAGACGAAGGCGUACGCGUGGCUGCCGGGCAAGGGUUUCUGCCUCAAGCUGGUCUUUGAUAUCUCGCACGCGCUGCAAAGUGGAUCCGUGUCCGGGGCGCGGGGCGGGGUGGUGCUCUCACCAUUACUGGUUCCCGACGCCGAUCCUCAUCCGCAGGCGCGGCUCGGCUCGGCCACGCUGCUGCUCGGGCAGCUGCUGCAUCGGUCCGACCUGGCGUCUCUCAUCCAGCGGCAGGCCAAGGCAGUUCGCAAGCUUGUCUCGUCGAAGAAACUGGUGUAG